CACAUAUAGGCAACACCGAUGAUCUUUCCCGAUAUCUUCCAGUGUCCGACCGAGCCCCAGGAAACGGGCGGCGGCGGAGGCCAGUUGCCGAUCCACGCUGCGCCGCUGGGUCCAGUGUCCGCCGCCCUCGCUCCUACCUGCAGCCUCGCCCUUCCUCCCAAUCCUAUCCAGUCUUUUACCUCAACAGCAUCGACGCCCUUUCAACAGCACCACCAAAACCCUCCGUCGAGAUUCAUCGACCAGCAGGUUCCUUUGCCAGCGCGACGGUCCCAGGGUGGUGUUGAUCCUGCAGGCGCUGCGGGCGCUCUCGUGCCUACGACGGCGGUGGAGCUUCAGCAUGGCGAUUCGUGUGAAGAUUUUACAUUUGCUCCCGUGACACGGAGAUCGAUUGGUACCGGAUAUUCACAUCGGAAAUAGUAGCAACUGCGAUUUCCAGUUACCUGUUGGUAGAUCUGCUACUGGAGAGUCAAACCACUGCAGACAUGUACAUGUUGCUAAGGCCAUUCCCAGUGACUGAUCAAAAAGUAUGAAUGUUUGAAUACCUAUUUUAGCACUUUCAUUAGUAAGUCAAACAACUACUCACACGUAGUAAUAUUUCCGCAUCUGAAACCAUUGUUUAAAACCCCUGAUGUGGAGUGUUACCGCAGAACCAUUCGCCAGAGCACAAUAGUUAUCUUCUUUAAUAUCCUACUUCCAUUUUAACGGUCUUUGAUCGGCAUGAUCACACAUCAUUAAUUAGGUCACUAUCAUUUUCAGUUUCUUUCAAAAAAUCAUUUACUAAUACCAGUCAUCGGUACAUAAAUAAUUCAAAUAUCGUGACACUCACACCUGGCCGAGAUAGGAGUGUCAUGUACCGAGCCGAGAAUUAUUGUUUUCAUGACGCAAGUGCGUGAGUGCGUGAUAUAUAAUCCAUGCGUCGCAGUGUAAUUGUGUUGGAGAAGGAGAGGGAGGGAGGGAGGAGGAUGGUGUGGGGGAAAGGUGAAAAAAGAGGGAACUAGGGGGUAGGAGCAGGGAAAUGGGGAUAGGGCACCCAUCCCCUCCUCUACCUUCAACAUCGAUUUACAACAGACGCCAAAGUUAACCGCGUGUGGUUUGACCUUGCUGCGGGGUAGUUGUUAAUUUGUUUAUAACUAUUUGUUUACUUUAGCUCAGUGUGAUCUUGCAAGGGACAUACAUUUCUUUUACUUUUUUUUUGUUUGUUUGUUUGUAUUAGGAUGUGAAUUGCAAUACAAAAUAAACACAGAAAUCAGUAGUUACAGAGCAUGCAAGUUAUUCUACAAGUUUAGUACCAAUGGAUAUGAAUUUGUAAUAUAAAGUUAGAUAUUUCUCAAGCGCUAUGUAUAUCAGCUGAUUUUAAGUCGUAGAUCAUGAUUAAUAUUCGGCCAUUUUUCCAGAAAUCAAUAUGGAAGGAAAAAUAAAGACCAUAAUUUCAA